AAAAAUGGUCGCAGAUUGUUUUUCUUCUGUUUUAUAUAUAUAUAUAUGUAGUCAAAACUCGAUGCGAUGAAAUUGCAACUUGCGGUGGUUGAAAUUGAAGUACGAAAGUACAAAUGGUAUAAAUAAAUUGCAAACCGCGCAAGUUUCAAGUAGAGAAAUAGUUUUAACGCGAAUUCGCCAUGGCUGAUAAAAGACAAACCAGUUUGUCGAAAGAAGAAAUAGCGAAGCAGUUUAUGCUUCCAGAAAGGAAGAGCAAGAUUGCAACGUUACUGAAACAGGACGGACAGGCCUAUUGUAUUUGUAGAAGUUCUGACAGUUCUCGUUUUAUGAUAGGAUGUGACGCUUGUGAGGAGUGGUAUCAUGGUGAUUGCAUAAACAUAACUGAGAAAGAUGCGAAACAUAUAAAACAAUUUUUCUGCGUUCGUUGUAGAGAGGAAGAUCCAACUUUGGUAACAAGAUACAAGCCACGCAGAACCGAUCAAGAGGACAGAAAACACAAAAAGUACAAAGAGAAAGAGAGGAAUCAUCGAUACGAGCAUGACGCGUCUUGGGAUCCUAGAUUGGAGAAAAAAUCUUCCAAACGGUGCGGAGAGUGCACGGGAUGUUUGCGUACAGAAAACUGUGGGAAAUGCGACGCUUGCAAACAUUUGAAAAAAUUUGGACCUUCCGUACGGUUGAAGCUUCGAUGUAUUCAGCGAACCUGUAGGCGAUUGGGAGAUCCGUUGAAAUCUUCGAAGAGUCUCAACAAGGGAAUAAAAUUGAUCAAGAAACGGAAGCGAGACUCGAGUAACGAGAGAAACGAUUAUCUGGAACCGCCGCGUCAUUGCUACGGACCCGCUUGCACGAAGCAAUCGCGACCCGGGAGCAAGUACUGUUCCGACGAUUGCGGCUUGAAAUUGGCGACCAACAGAAUCUAUCAAGUAUUACCGCAGCGCAUACAGGAAUGGUCCUUAACCGCGUGCAUUGCGGAACAGAACAACAGACGCGCCUUGGAAUCCGUGAGGAAGCAGCAGCACGACGUUCGUAGGAUACUGCACGAGUUGGACAAGAGACACGUCGAGUUGGAUCACAUCGUCGAACGCGCGAGACACGCAACCAUCGACGCGCAAGCGGAAGUCGACGACAACGAUGACACGGAAAGCAGCACGUACUGCAUCACGUGCGGCCACGAGAUCCACGCGAGAAGCGCCAUCAAGCAUAUGGAAAAAUGUUUCAACAAGUACGAGUCGCAGGCGUCAUUCGGCUCGAGUGUCAAGACGCGCAUCGAAGGUCAGGUGAUGUUUUGCGACUUUUACAAUCCCAUAAACCGAACGUACUGCAAGAGAUUGCGCGUUCUCUGUCCGGAGCACUGCAAGGAUCCGAAAGUCGGCGACACCGAGGUUUGCGGCUGUCCGUUGGUUACGAACGUGUUCGACGCCACGGGUGAAUUCUGUCGCGCUCCGAAGAAGAGCUGCUUGAGACACUACAUGUGGGAGAAACUGCGACGGGCGGAGAUAGACAUGGAGAGGGUCAGGCAGUGGCUUAAGAUCGACGAGCUUGUGGAGCAGGAAAGGCAGAUCCGUUCGAACAUGGCGUCGCGAGCCGGUGUGCUGGCCCUGAUGUUGCACUCCACUUAUAAUCACGAACUGAUGGAACAGAUGACGCAGGAACAGAACAGAGAACAGUUACAAGCUAUGGAAGAGGAGUUGCAAAGAAGAUACGGAUUACAGCAGGACCAAUGCAUGGAGCAGUGAUCGCACACACUUGUUUUGUUCACACGCUCAUCAUACGAUUUAACAAAUAUCGUUUACAUGUGGAGUUCAUUACAUUGUAAAUCUUUCAGUUUUUUUUUUUUUUUUUUUUUUUAAAUAAAACUCAUAAUUCUUACGUAUGUGUUUUGUGGUUUUCUUCAACGCAAAACUAUACAUAUUACUGCGUGGAAAGAAAAACAUACAUAUAUUGUUGGACAUACAGACGUGGAGAUACGCAACUGAAACUGAAAGAACAAAUUGUUUUGAAUAAUGGAAUAUGUAACACACAUGAGUCUUUCUUUUUGGUAAUAUUGUUAUUAUUUACAGUAUGAUAUAUCGAGACGCAGAGACGUCAGGAUUUUUUUUUUCACACACUCCGACAAUUAAUCGUUUCAACAAAAACCAUUUAUUCACAGGUCGUAGCCUCUGCAGAUGCAAAAUAACACGCCACAAACUAGCGGUUCUAUCGCUUAGCUUCGGAAAAAAGUAAAGUCGCGUAAAGCGCAUACCAUUGGACAUUGAUUCUCUCGAGGAGAACACCGCCUGUUUCGAAUCGUCUCCCUUAAAAAAAAAAACGCGUCAAGGAUGCAAUAUUUUUUUUUCUUUUUUUUUUUUAACUGAAAUCUUUGCGUUAAAAAUUGAAACAAUUAUUAGAAAAUUACGUUAUCGCUAAUUACAUUACAAAAACCAGUCACAUUUUGGAAGUUGUUAACAUUAAAAAGAGGCAAUAAUAAUAAUAAUAAUAAAAAAAAGAUUAUCGUCCUCUGUCUAAGCAAGAAUUGAGAUUUUACGAUAUCUCUCAGGGCUAUUUAAAUAACUCUAACGCUACUUGCAUAUAUGAUGUAUAUAUACAUAAAACAAACGUAAUAAUAAACUUACAUUUAUUAAUUUGCAAAUAAUUUUUGUUUUCUUUCUCUCAACACCUUAGGAACGAAUUGUGUCAAUGCAAUGGCAGUUCGGAAGCUAAUGCGCAAUUAAUUGUAUAAUCGAUACUUUUUUUUUUUUUUUAUAGACUGUAGUAAAAAUAUAGACUGUAGAAUAAGGUGGUUUUUUUUUCUUUAAUAUCAUUAAGAUCGAGAUAUAUAACUCGCAUAACAAUAUUGUUAUGACAAUGUUCGCAUAACAGAAUCGUGCGUGUGUGUUAUCUCAGUUAUUAUCCGCAAAUAAAUGAAAUUUUAUAGGCCACGAGAAAUAAAUCGAAUUCAUAUUUCAAAAAAUUCGAUCGUGCCGAAAAAAUGGGCUGCGAGUUGUAACACAUGCAACUUGUUGUUUUUUUUAAUUAUAUGUAUAUUAUAUAUAUAUAAUUUUUUUUUCUUUUUUUUUUUUUUUAAGGCCGACCGAUUGAAAACAGGCGACUUAUCCGAUACGUGUGUGUAUGUGUGUGUGCAGGUCUGACAUAAAUUCACACACAUGUAUUAUGCCACGCGUAUUAAAAAAAAAAAGGAAAAAGAACGAAAUAGAACGACUCAUUUAUCACAGUAUUGCACGCAAAGCUUGUACGAAAUCGCAAGUAAGA